CCGGGCCGGGUCACGGCGCUCAGCCCCCUCUGUGUCUCCGCCCUCGCUGGGUCGCGCUGCUGCCUGGGCGCGGCGGCGGCGGCGCCCUGUUGAAUGGGCUGUGAGGGCCCGGGUCUGAAGUGCUGGCGGACGCGGCCUCCGGGGGCGCAAGGCAGCAGCAGCGGUGGCGACCAAACGGGUGUUGGAGUUGGCGGCGGCCAUGGAGGGCCUGGCUGGCUAUGUGUACAAGGCGGCCAGCGAGGGCAAGGUGCUCACUCUGGCUGCCUUGCUCCUUAACCGGUCGGAAAGCGAUAUCCGCUACCUGCUGGGCUAUGUCAGCCAGCAGGGGGGACAGCGCUCCACACCCCUCAUCAUCGCAGCCCGAAAUGGGCACGCCAAGGUGGUGCGCUUGCUGUUAGAACACUACCGUGUGCAGACCCAGCAGACAGGCACCGUCCGCUUCGACGGGUAUGUCAUUGAUGGUGCCACUGCUCUUUGGUGUGCUGCGGGAGCUGGACAUUUUGAAGUUGUUAAACUUCUAGUCAGCCAUGGAGCCAAUGUGAACCACACCACAGUCACUAACUCGACCCCAUUGCGGGCAGCAUGUUUUGAUGGCAGACUGGACAUUGUAAAAUAUUUGGUUGAAAAUAAUGCCAAUAUCAGCAUUGCCAACAAGUAUGACAACACCUGCCUAAUGAUUGCAGCAUAUAAGGGGCACACAGAUGUGGUUAGAUACCUUUUAGAACAGCGCGCUGACCCCAAUGCCAAAGCACACUGUGGAGCCACAGCCUUGCACUUUGCAGCUGAAGCUGGCCACAUUGACAUCGUGAAAGAGCUGAUAAAAUGGCGGGCUGCAAUAGUGGUGAAUGGCCAUGGGAUGACACCGUUGAAAGUAGCUGCUGAAAGCUGUAAAGCUGAUGUCGUUGAACUCUUGCUCUCUCAUGCUGAUUGUGACCGCAGAAGUCGGAUUGAAGCCUUGGAGCUCUUAGGUGCCUCCUUUGCAAAUGACCGUGAGAACUAUGACAUCAUGAAGACAUACCACUACUUAUAUUUAGCCAUGUUGGAGAGGUUUCAGGAUGGCAACAACAUUUUUGAGAAAGAGGUCCUCCCACCCAUCCAUGCUUACGGGAACAGAACUGAGUGUAGGAACCCCCAGGAACUGGAGGCCAUUCGGCAAGACAGAGACGCUCUUCACAUGGAGGGUCUUAUAGUUCGGGAGCGGAUUUUAGGUGCUGACAACAUUGAUGUUUCCCACCCCAUCAUUUACAGAGGGGCUGUCUAUGCUGAUAACAUGGAGUUCGAGCAGUGCAUCAAAUUGUGGCUUCAUGCACUGCAUCUCAGGCAGAAAGGUAAUAGGAACACCCACAAGGACCUGCUGCGGUUCGCACAAGUCUUCUCGCAGAUGAUACACCUCAACGAAGCCGUGAAGGCCCCAGACAUAGAAUGCGUUUUGAGGUGCAGUGUUUUGGAAAUAGAGCAGAGCAUGAACAGAGUUAAAAAUAUCUCCGAUGCUGAUGUCCACAGUGCCAUGGACAACUAUGAGUGUAACCUCUAUACCUUUCUGUACCUGGUAUGCAUCUCCACUAAGACACAGUGUAGUGAAGAAGACCAGUGCAGAAUUAACAAGCAGAUCUACAACCUGAUCCACCUGGACCCUAGGACGCGGGAAGGUUUCACUUUGCUACACCUGGCUGUCAACUCAAACACGCCAGUUGACGAUUUCCACACCAAUGACGUCUGCAGCUUUCCCAAUGCGCUGGUCACCAAGCUCCUGCUGGACUGUGGCGCUGAGGUGAAUGCCGUGGACAAUGAGGGGAACAGCGCCCUCCACAUUAUCGUCCAGUACAACAGGCCCAUCAGCGACUUUCUGACAUUGCACUCCAUCAUCAUCAGCCUUGUGGAGGCUGGCGCUCACACCGAUAUGACAAACAAGCAGAAUAAGACUCCAUUAGACAAAAGUACGACUGGGGUGUCUGAGAUACUACUGAAAACUCAGAUGAAGAUGAGCCUCAAGUGCCUGGCUGCCCGAGCAGUUCGGGCCAAUGACAUUAACUACCAAGACCAGAUCCCCCGGACUCUUGAAGAGUUUGUUGGAUUUCAUUAAGUGACUGGAUGUGUAAAAUCGUUUAAUGUGGUGCUAAAAAGUAAAGGACUUUAAUCACAGACAAUAGAAUUAUGUGUUUGUAAAUUCUCCUUUUCUUUCCACUAUCCUUUCAGCCCAUCCGUCCGUCCUUGGUUCCGUUUGGCUCUUUUCUCAUGUGGUAUUGAUUUCAGCACACUAAAUAGCAGCACUGUUCAGGUGUAACUGGAAGGUGUUUGGACAUUUUGCUUGUUUCUUUUUCUUUUUUAAAGGAAUGAAUGUAAGAGAUUUUGUGUAAUAGGGGGCAUUUGUGAUUGAAAAUUGAUGAUGUUUUAAAAUUGAUGUUUUAAACAGCUGCCUACAAUAGUACUUCUGUUAAGCUGAUGUCGGCAUGUCAUCUGUGCAGCAGUUUUGAGGAUUUCGUGAAGAAAAUGAACUAAAGGAAGACUGAGAGCAGUGGGAGAUGCCGGAGCCCUGUGCGGAUGGCUCUCGCUCUCCCAGUAUGUGCGGAGGGAUGCCGCACAUUUUAUAGCAGGAGGACUUGAAACACUUAGCUACUGAUUAAUUGAAAAUGAUGUGCAGUCAUUGUUGCAAAGUCGAAUUCAUGGAAACCGUGGCAUUCUGCUGGGUAGUGUCUUCUAACUGGUGGUCUUAACCUUGUAGACACUGCUAGAUUCCACCCUUAGGCUUGAAUUCUUCUGGUUUCUGUUGACGGAUCUAAAUUGCAGUCAUGCAUUUGAUUUGGCUCACAGGCAUAAUAAAUAAGGAGCACACUGUAUUAGGAAACAUUGUCGCAGUAUAGCCAGACAUUGUAUUUUGUCCUUUUCUAGCCCUUUCUUCUUGUGUUGUAUCUUUAAAAUUUGGAAACUGCCUUUCCAGAAGGGGUUUCUAUCUCCCUAAUUAGGUAUAAGAUGAGAAGGAAUGAGGACACACACCUGAUGUUUUUUUACUUAGUCCAUUGUAAGAUGUAGGAAAACCAGGAGUAGGGUAUAGGAAAUGAAGUAUUUGAUAAGGAAAUGAUUCUCAAUGCCACACGAAAGGUAUAGCUCAGCUGUAGACUUUUCUAUCACUGAAUGUGUCACGGAGGUUUUUGUUUUUUGCUUUCUUUUAUCAGCAACAUUUCAACUCAAGAGUAUUCUGUGAUUUUCCUCUUUAAGCAUCACAGAAAUUCAAGUUGAAGGAGCACCAGCUUCUACUGAGGCUGGGAAUGAUAAUGAAAGUAAAACUAGUUUCUGUAAUUUUCUCUAGUGCCAAACAAAUGCCUGAGCUACCCCUAGUGCAUGGUACCAUAAGUGGAGACCCGCAGCUUCUUGUUUUCCUUUAGUGAAAAGCCUUGUCAUGAUACAACAUCAGAUAAAAACUUUAAACCUUUAAGAUUUCACAAACAUUUUACCUGUGGAUUUGCUUUUAACAUGUAGGAGAAUGGUUGCUGUUGAAGCAGUGUAAAGCAACCAAGCCAAAAUCAGCACCUUAAACAGAUACCCCACAAAAUGAGAUACCUGGGAGGGCAGGAAGGGAGACUUGAAGCUUCCUCCUCCAAGGGUGUGAGACCCAGUUGCUCUAAUUGUGCUUUGUGUGUGUUCUUGCUACAGUUAGGAAUGUUUUGGUGGUGAAUUCUUCUAUGCUAAUAGAUUUCUAUUUUCCUAACUUGAGAGUUUACAAGGCUUUUCUGAUGGCUGAAAGGGAGGUGUUGGAAUGACCCUAAUUUGGGAACUUCUGAGAUCCAUCCUCCUGUCUCUCCUUGUUCUGGCAGCUCUCAGUGUCCCGGAAGAGAUGACAUACUGCACAAGGUGAGUCAGCCCUGCCCCUUCCCAGGCUCAGGUCAGGUCUUUCUUUUGGACUCAGUCCUGAUGAGGACAGUGAGGAAUAGCUGUGACACUUAGUGUUCAGUUGGCUUCAUUUUUUAAAAUAUCAGAUAAUGCUGCAUGCUUUAACAACGUUUUCCCCGUCACUACCCAGGACCAACACUGUUCCAUACAUUAUAUAUGAAGAUGAUAAGAUGUGCAUAUUCAGACAUAGAAUUUAAGGACAGCUUUUGAAGGAGGGAAGACAGUGCUGACGGGUGGAGUGAACUCGUCUGUGCUGGUGGCAAACUAGCCAGAUUUGUUUAUUGUAUAGUUGCACAUUGUGCGCUCUUGCUGAGGGUCUAAUUCUGUCUGUACCAGCGCUCCAGAUCUGCAUUGUGGGACACCUGUAUAAAGCCAUUAUCGGAAGAAGUGAUCUUCAUGCCUGUUUUUUUCAUUAUGUGUUUUUGGUAGAAUUCUUUGAAAAUAUGCUCAGCCAAAUGUUCCAUAAACUUUGUUUUUAAAGAAAAAUAAGUAAGUGAAAGGUGGUAGCUUUGUAGCUAGCUUACUGAGCUGUCUUCUGUUGCAGCCAUGUCUGUUGUUUGAUGUUUGUUAUUGGUAGAAUCACGCUUUGAACUGUAACACUUCUUCGGUAGUGUUUGUGAUUUCCCCAGUUCUCGGUCGUGUAAACUGUCACGUAGAUUUGGAUGAGCCAGGAGUGCAUGGGGGUGCUUUCUGCUUUUCAUGCACUUGCGCUUCAGUAACUAACCCCACUCUGGGCAGCAAACCCAUCUUCCUUGUUGAAAAAGACUGACACUUUUUACAGUCCACUCCGAUUGCUCUCACAGCUCAACCGUCUGGAGAUUCUCUGUGGGGACUAAACACACAAACCAAAAAGCAGCCCAUGUGCCAAAGCUUUGGUUUUGCUAGUUUUUGAGAGGGGUUUUGAUUGAUCUCAUUACGCUAAUAGCUGAUGAAUAAUGAUUGUGAGGGCUUAGGCAUGGCAGCAUUGUUUGACAUAAACUAUGGUUAGGGAGCAACACCUCCCUAAAGGCAGCACUAGAGUAGUGUUUCUGAAAACUUAAGUUCCAGAGAGCAGUCCUUUAUUGUAGUUGAGGCAGUGCCUCAGAAUGAGGUUGCUUUGGACAAUUCAGGCAGAAGAGCUUUCUUGUUCUUGGACUAGGGAAGCCAAAGGAUUGAAUUGUCUGCACUUUGCUGGUUGAGAAGCAGCCAGUGGCUGGACUCAUAGGAGUAUGUGGGCCAAAGUAUCUAUGCCUCAUGACAGUUGUAAAAAUCAGCCACCCAGGUGUCAGUGCAGAAGCGCACCCUUCUUACAACUUCCUGCAACAGUAACAGGAGUAAAGCCCUCUUACCUUUUGCUCUGUGAACUGAUUUCAGUCCAGAUUCUAAGCUGUGCCCACACCCACUUAGAAAAUGCACAGCUCCACUCUGGAUGUCAUCUGGCAGUCCCUCACUGUGUACAUGCAUGGAGGCACUUAGAAGUUUCUGGCAGACCUGCCCCAGAUGGGCCAGGCAUGCAGCAGCCCCAUACCAACCCUGGUGUCUGGGACAAAUCCUAGAGUGACAAUGCUGAUACAUGACUUUUACAAAUGUAAAGUAAACGUGGUCUCUAGUCCUAGGUGUGUGGAGUGUACCUUUGUUAGUGUGUAGGGAAGGGACAGUGGCUUCUCGAUGGUUAUGGGGAAGGUAUCUUUGAUGUGUGUACAGGAGUGAAUACUGCUAAAUUACUGACAGCUUUCCUUUAGUGGUGAAUCAUGGGGAUGAGUAGCCUCUCGGAAAAAUGAAGGCAUGAAGAUUCAGGCUAGUCGAGGAAACAGACAGGCUUUGUAUCUAUUUCUUACCAGGUAUUGUAAAAUGUGUGCAUGGCUUUUUUUGUUGUUGCUCAGUAAUUGGUAGAGAAAAAAAAGAUGAGGGGACCCCUCCCUCCAAGCUUUCCUAACCAGUCUUUCAGUGGUACCUAGCUGGGGAGUAAAUCUGGCCUUAACCUAUUGACAAGACUGUCCUUUGUAAUGUUCACCGCAUCCUGCAGUCCUCGGUGCAGAGGGGCUCCAGAGCUGUAGUCCAGUCCUUCGCUGUGGCUAACUAUGAGCCGGUGAUGUUCUGUCGUUCACUCUUGUCAGGCCAUCGACGCGACUUUAUGAAGCACAGUGACCUUGCUGACUGCACCGAGGCCUAUCAGUGACUUGUGUAUUGCAUGAUGCCUUCUCUUUGAGUUUGACAUGUAGAAUCACCUUUGAUUUCAUGGCAAUUGACAGUCCUAAUGGCUCAGCUAAUUUGAAACUAACAACUUUGCUGUGUAAAAGGAAAAAUGGUGUUGUGUUCAGUAAAUGUUUGAAAAAAAAGUA